GCCAUCGCCCGAGGGAUCCUACCUCCACCGAAUUGAGGCCAUCUUCGGUAUUACGGAUUGAGGCUAUCUCCGUCAUAGGCAAUAAAUGUUAAGUGGUUUGACUUUGGUGAAAGUCUAAAUUGGUUUGACCGGUGGUCAAAGAGUUCAUGAGAAACCCGUAACACCUAAAUCGUUUUGAAAAGAAAGAAAAUAAGUUGACUGUUGGUCAACCGUCUAAAGAACCGAAUGUAAAGUUGAAUUGAUUUUUAUUAAAAGGAUAAACAUAUGCACGAUCUUAAUUGUUGAAUUAUUAUGUUUAUUCUUGUGCUACAAUGGAGUGCAGAUAAGAAUGGUUUAAAGUGCUUUAUCAAAGCCCUUUCUAGGUCUCUGGAAGAAAUGAAUUCUUUUGCCCCUAUUGCACAAUCAGAGCUUCCCUUAGCCACUGCAAGUCCGGCCCAUAUCGAAGAUUCUGAGGUUCCAAGAAUCACAACACUCCCCCCGGAUAGUGGAGUGACCCAUGGUAGAAGUGAGGACCCAGUUUCUGCUGGGUGGCAAGACCCAUUAGUUGAUGCCCUUGAUAUCUGCUCUGUUGUGCAGGAGGAUUGCACUUCGUCCAUUCCAGGCUUACUUUUUCAAAUAGACAUCCUUGAUCUAUGCAGCAAAGAAAAGGUUUUAGAAUUAUGUUGCAAGGGAGAUUUUGAAGAGGAAUUCAAACUUCUAGAGCCCCUAUUCACAGAACACUUUGAGUCUUACUUCAAGGAAACCUCUUGCUAUAUUAGGGAAGCAUUGACUAUAGGGCUGGUUCGUGACAAGCUGCAAAAGGGGAUUUUGAAAAAUGGUAAGGGUAAAGCCUUCAGGAUGACAAGACAUGUGGCUAAAAGCAUCGAGGUUGUUGAUUCUGUCAACAUCAAGGAGCUUAAGAGGGAUGUUUCUUCAUUUCUCUCCACCAGAUUUGGGUUUUUCCUCUACUGCUUUAAG